AUGAAAUUAUUAAUUGAUUAUCAUUAUGCUCAUAUAUUUUAUCAAAAUCAAGAAAGUAAAAUCUGUCAAAAGAAUAUUAAUUUAAAUAAAAAUAAAAUUAAAAAAAUUCUUUUUUGGACAAAAAUAUUUUCUAGUCCAAUUGAUACAAAUUAUUUAAAUAAUUUUUUAUUUACAUCAUCAGGACAUUGUCAUACAGAUCAAUGUCAAGUAAGUAAUAAUCGACAAGAAUUAUGUGAUAGUGAUGCUGUUAUAUUUCAUGCACGAGGUGGAAUUAAAAUGUAUGAUAUGCCAAAAGCACGUUUAUCUCAUCAAAGAUAUGUUUUAUUAACAAAAGAACCACCUUAUAAAACAACUGCAAUUGUUGGUCAUUUGAAUUAUUUUUUUAAUUGGACAGCAACAUAUCGAUUGGAUUCCGAUAUUGAUUAUCAAUAUUUUCGUUGGCGUCGAAAAGAUAAAAUUAAUACAGAAAUAAAUCAACAAUCAUAUUUAAAUAAUCGUCAAGUACGUGCUGCAUCAAUGAUUAGUAAUUGUUAUUCACAAAAUAAUCGUGAAGAUUAUUUAAAACGUCUUAAUUCAAUUAUACCUAUAACACAUAUUGGAUUCUGUUCAUGGAAUAAAUGUCGUAAAAAACGAUAUGAAUGUUUAAAUGAAUUAGCAGAUACACAUCCAUUUUAUCUUGCUUUUGAAAAUUCUUUAUGUCGUGAUUAUGUUACAGAAAAAUAUGCUAAUGUUAUUAUUAAUCAUCGUAUGAUACCAAUUGUAUUUUCUAAAAAUUCAAAUCUUUAUAUUCCAAAUUCAUUUAUUGAUGCAAAUCAAUUUUCAUCACCAGAAGAUUUAGGUCAAUUUCUUAUUAAAAUUGUAAAAAAUUCAACACUUUAUGAUAGUUAUUUUAAAUGGAUAAAUGAAUAUGAACUUAUUAUACCUGAUGAAAAUGAUUAUUUAUGUGAAUUAUGUCAAAAAUUACAUAAUUCAAAAGAAUCUUAUAAAGUUUAUGAUAGUAUGAAAAAAUGGCUUUAUGAUGAUGCAAAAUGUCAACGAUGGAUAUCAAAAUUAAAUAAAACAAUUGAUAUAUCUGUUGAUGAAACAAUGGAUUAUGAAGAUCCUUGGUUUUGA